AAGAAAGGGUAGACGUCACAUGAUGGAGAGAUGCAGCCAGCCAGCAGUAGCUGCCUCCCGACUAAUCACACAGCAUUAACAUAAACCAGCUAACUCCACGGGCUAACUUGGACAGCCAUCUGCCUUUCAUUUUCUUAUUCGCUCCGAAUUAAAAAGCCGCGACGAGCAGACAGAGAAUUGACGGACGGUGCGAAACGAAGAACAACGUCACCGUCGCGCACGGUUACCUUAGUCCCUUCUUGCAUCCAGCUGAAAGCGUCAUUUGACAAAGCAGGGAAGCCCACGGUUGGAAACUCUACCUUGGCUAGCAGCGGGCUAGCCAGCUUGCUAGCUGCUAACAUUGCUAACUGUAGUUAGCUAGCUAGCGAGCUGUGAUAAGUUGCGUCAUGGAGGAGCUUGUAGUGGAAGUGAGAGGCACAAGUGGAGCCUUUUAUAAGGCUUUUGUGAAGGACGUCCACGAGGGAUCCGUCACUGUGGCAUUUGAAAACAAUUGGCAGCCGGAGCGUCAGAUCCCGUUCCAGGACGUUCGCUUCCCUCCUCCGACGGGCUUCAGCAAAGAGAUAAAUGAGAGUGAUGAAGUUGAGGUGUACUCCAGAGCGAAUGACAAGGAGCCGUGUGGAUGGUGGCUGGCCAAGGUUCGCAUGGUCAAAGGAGAGUUUUACGUGAUCGAGUACGCGGCGUGCGACGCCACGCUGAACGAGAUCGUGACGCUGGAGCGGUUACGGCCGGUCAACCCGAACAAGCCAGCCACCAAAAACACCUUCAUCAAGAUGAGGCUGGAAGUCCCUGAAGACCUGCGACAGAUGUGCUCCAAGGAGUCGGCGCACAAAGACUUCAAGAAGGCCGUCGGCGCGUUCAACAUCACCUACGACUCUGAGAAAAAGCAGCUGGUCAUCUUGUCAAUGAACGAGGUCACGACAAAGCGGGCCAACAUGAUGAGCGACAUGCACUUCAGGAGCCUCCGCACCAAACUGUCGCUCAUGAUGCGGAACGAGGAGGCCAGCAGGCAGCUGGAGAGUUCCAGACAGCUGGCGUCUCGGUUUCAUGAGCAGUUUGCGGUUCGGGACGACCUGAUGGGUCUGGCCAUCGGGACUCACGGGGCCAACAUUCAGCAGGCGCGAAAAGUCCCUGGAGUCACCAACAUCGACCUGGACGAAGAGACUUGCACCUUCCACAUAUACGGGGAGGACCAGGAUGCCGUCCGAAUAGCUAGGAGCUACCUGGAGUUUUCCGAAGAUAUCAUCAAAGUUCCCCGAAACUUAGUCGGAAAAGUGAUCGGAAAGAACGGCAAGCUGAUCCAGGAAGUGGUGGAUAAGUCCGGUGUGGUGAGGGUUCGAAUCGAGCCGGAGAACGACAAGAAGCCCUCGGCGGCGGCCGCGGCAGCAGCAGAUGAGGGAAUGGUGCCAUUUGUGUUUGUGGGGACCAAGGAAAGUAUUUCCAAUGCAACAGUGCUCCUGGACUAUCACCUCAAUUACCUUAAGGAGGUGGACCAGCUGCGCUUGGAGCGCCUUCAGAUUGACGAGCAGCUGCGACAGAUAGGGGGCGGGGGCGGAGGGGGUGGGGCAGGCCCCCGAAACCCCAAAGACAAAUCCUAUGUGUUCGAUAACGGGAUGGGAAUGGGGAUGGGCAGAGGAGCAGGAGGUGGGAAGCCCUACGUGGGAGGAAGAGGCGGACGGGGCCGGAGAGGGGGCGGGGCGGCGUUCACCUCAGGCACCAACUCGGAGGCGUCCAACGCUUCGGAGACGGAGUCAGACCACCGAGAGGAGCUGAGCGACUGGUCCCUGGCUCCCACCGAGGAGCUGAUGACGGGAGGCGGGUCCCUGCCCAGGCGGACAGACGGCAGGAAACGAGCCGGAGGGGGGGGCCUGAGAGGCCGCGGGGGCAGAGGGAGAGGACUGGGAGGGUAUAAAGGUGAUGACAUGCAGUGGGGCGAGCCAAGACCUCGUCAUGUAAGGGACCCAAAACCUCGAGGCCAGGAAGACACACUGCAGAUCCGUGUGGACGGAAACAACGAGCGCAGCGUGCAGCACUCAUCAGGCGGCCGAGGAGGAGGAGGAGGAGGACCUUCUUCAUCCCAGAGUGGCAUCGCCGUCGGCGGGGACAGCCAGUCCCGCCAUCACCAUCAGAGACCCCUGAGAGACCGGGGGAUGAAGAAGGACAAACAGGACGCUCCGGCGCUGGUGAACGGAGUGUCGUAGACGCACCCACUGAGGACCUUCUCUCUCUCACACACUCACACACACACGCCCACACACACACACAGGCAACUUCUCAAACACCAUCUUAUAGUUUCUGGCGUAUUUUAUUUUAUUUUUUUGUCUUUUUCUCGUCUUUGUCGCACGCAAGAGGACACUCAUUUCCAUCGGCAUGGAAAUGUUUAGCGAAGUCUUGAUCCGUUCCCGCCUGCUGCCGUCUCCUGUUCUUCUCUGGACUGUUUUGGAACAAGAGGACGAGAAGAAGAAGGUUUUGACGAAAGCUCCUCUGUGACAGAAGGGUUAGCUGAGGGGGGGGGGGGGGGGAAACGUUCCCAAUUCACUCCAUCAACACCACAAAUAUGUAUUUUUUGGGGAGUUUUUUUUUUUUUUGUUCCCCCUUCGGUCUCAUUCGGGCUUACUCGCACGAGAAAACGGGAACGACGACGACGGCGGCAGAAAUCUGUGGAAACGAUUUCAUCCAUUUGGCAAAAAGUUUCAACGUUUUGAACUCUUAGAGAUGAUUGCAGACUUCGCUGUGUCCAAACAUAUCCCUUUCCCCCACUGGUACAGAAACAUGUUUUGCUUCUCUAAAACUCCCAAAAUCCAACAUUUUCAAAGUCACCCAAAACCAGCUUUCUACACCGAACCUGUUCAAAAAAAAAAAAAAAAAAAGUAGCAAAUCUGAGAUUUUUUUUAUUUUUCGUCCUGGUGGGAAGACGUUUGGUUGUGGGGGAAAAAAUGUUUGCAGAUGGCACUUUACUUUGAUUUUCUACCUUUUUUCCCCACACUGAAAUACAAACAGGUAGGCACUCCUAAAAGCGACGCUCUACAUCACGCUGUUAUUUAAAAAGGCCUUUGUUUGGUUUGAUGCCUAAAUAUUGUAAGCUGUCGGACCCCGUCUCUUCUGAAGCAUACAGACUUAAACCUGAGGCCAGCUGGUGUGAAAUUUCUGUUCUAUUUUGUUUUGUUUUGGGUUUUUAAAAAAAAAAAAGCAAAUUAAAACUCAGCAGCAACUUCCAAAAGUCUAGGUUUGUACUACGUCGAUGUCAACUGUCAUUUUGUAAAAAAAAAAAAUAAAAUAAAAUAAACGCUCCACCUCUCUUGUGAGCAGAUUGCUGAUACAAUGAGAGAAAGGUAAAAAAAAAAAAACACUGACUCAUGGCUCCAGCCUGUAAAAUAAGAUUGAUGCUCGUAUACGGAUUCAUCGCAGCACGCCUGCACUGGUUUUAGACGAUACUGCACUGAUUCACAGGGUGGUACUAAAGAGCUGUCGGGUGACGACUCCUAACCUGCAUUUUACUUUGGUUUCUGGCUCUAUUUACUGACAUUAAAAGAGUCCACUUAAGUGGAGGGCAGAUGAAAUGGCUCAAACAGGACAGUUCUCCUGUUUAAUUUAUUAAUUUGUCAAGUCUUUUCAUUUAUAAAACAUAUUUGUCUUAACUGUAGAUGAAAUAUCAGUUGUUUUUGGCUGAGGUUUUGCCCCCUUCCCCCCCCCGUUCUGCUUGUCCAACAUAUUUGUGAUCUAUCUCUUUCCUGUUUACCUUUUUUUCCCGUCAAAAUCACAUUUUGGCUGCAUCUUGUAAACGACAAAAACGAGACAUUUUCCUACAGCUACGAAAGUCAGCGAAGCGGUCAUUAUGUGCCUGUGAUUUUUUUUUCAUAAACUGUGAGCUUCUCGUUUUUCAGUCACCAUGAGGCUCCUUUAUGUUUGUGCCUUGGGUUUAUGUUCCUCCUCGUCUGUAAAUUUGGCAAAUUAUAAAGGAAACCAUCAUCAGCGUAAUGAUGCAUGAUGGAGAUUCUGUGAUUCUUCAUGGGAGAAAUGGCUGUUUUAAAAGUCCCUGAGUUUUUUUUUUUUUUUUGUAGUGUUUACAUAAUGCAGGUCAAAACAAUAUGAUGGGUGUGAACUGUAAUCAUGACGCAUUUUAACGUUGUAUUCAUCGAUUUCUGUGGAUUUUCUUGCAUGGAAGAGAGCAGUUUGGUUUAGCUUGGGGAGAAAGCCUUAAAAGUUGAUUUACUGUCAUUUUUUUCUGUUAAAGUUCUCAACUCAAACCGACCGCAAUAAUGGCCAUGGGCUAAUCUAGAGAGGGGAUUUGAUUUAGGAGACAAAAUGACUAAGACUAGGUUUAUCAAUGAAUCCGUAGACUUUCUUAUUUAACACUCAAGUCUUCUUUUUCAUAAUUCUCACCAGCUGCGUUUCCAUUAAAAGUGUGCGCAAAACUUUGUCAAAACUUUUUUUUUUUGAAAUUGUGAAUUAGCUUGUUCAUCCAAUCAGUCAUUAUACAUACCGCGCAGUCAUCCUCAAAUACUUCCUGUCGUUUUCUUCUUCUUGGUUUCUGCCAGUGGUAAAAGCCGCUUGUUGGUCACAUGACUCGUGUGAUGCAAAAACAAAAGACAUUUCCAUUGCAGUUUUGCGACAGAACUAUUUUGAUUAAAAAAAAACAAAAAAACUUUUUACCGAAAAACAAGUUUUUUAGAAAUGGCCGUUUCCAUUAAGUGAAUUUAUAUUUGAAAUGCACCACUUUAUAGUCAAUGGAAACGCAGCUAUUGAAGAACAUGUUGGAAUUCGUCAAGAUUCGCGUACUUGUAUGUUGGGAUGGUUUUAAAAAUAGUCAAAUUUAGGUAAAGUAAUAGUAGUGAAGCGAAGGCGGUACAGGUGGACGUGACAAAACCUUCAUAUUAGCAAAGCUAGACAUUAAAGUUUCUUGUGGCCUGCUUCACAAAUCCUACUAAAAGCAAAACCUUUGACACAAUUCUUGAAAAGAAACAAACCUUUCUAAAGGAAAGUCUGGAUUACUUUUAUUUAAGAACUCUGACAGCUCAGUGUGUAGGGGAAACCUUAAUUUUAAUUUUGUGACACGUGCCUUCGAUUAUGGCUAGCAUCACAACCUAGAUGUAUAAAUCAGGGAUGGAGGAUAAUUCAGCGUCUCAAGAUGGUAAAAAAAAACAAAACUCAUUUGUCUUGAGUUCUCAAAGCUUUGGCUGAAGUCCGACUGCAAAGAAGUAAAGGUUCAGGAGUCUGGUGGUAUCAGCGCUUAAAGACGGUGGCUGCCGUAAGCGCCGGACCUCUAGGUGUUGCAUCUACAGCGUCAGACUGAAGCCUGACGGCUCAUCUGUGAAAUUCUGUGCAGGCCUCGAGUGACCACUCGGCCCUCGCACGUGCACCAUUUUUAAAGUUUCAUUUCUGGGUGUGAAGCGGUAAGUGAACCUGCUCCUAAUGCCGCUUUAACACCUGAUAAAUGAACCGAAGAGGUGGCUGUGAUUAGGCCAGGUUCCUUCUUUUUUUUUUUUUUUUUUUUUAAACUUCCAUUGCAUGAACAUCUUUCUUCUGGACUUUAAAGACAUUACGUAGAGUUUGACAUAAUUUUUUAAAAAAUAGGCGUUUGGCUUGAGUAGCCAGUCAUGAGCUGAAAACGUACACCGUAGAGUCAGUGACACGUAGAACUUUCUAUAACAUUUUAGAAAAUGGUGACAUGAGUAAUAAAUGAUGAAACGAGUUGUUUUAGAAGUCGUCUUUUUUCUUUUUUUUUUUUUUUACCCCCUUUUGAAUUAUGAUGUACGUAUGUAUGAUGUUAAUUUCUCCAUCACUAAUAUGUUAAGACUUUGCUUUCACUUGUUUACACUCCAGCCAUGUUGCAUUUAGUUUCUCUGGUGAGGAUUCCAACCAGUUCAUCAGCCAAUGGUUCCAGUGAAACUAACCUAUGUAUUGUCAGUAGAGCAUCUGCGUUUUGUUUAACAAAAAGAAGACAAAAAAAAAGAAACAAGAAGGGAGGAUGGCAUAUUGUAUAUAAUGAUGUCAUUAUUUGUUUAGGAAAAGAUUUGUACAAUUGUUUAAAAUGCUCUCUUAUGCUAUUUUUUUUUUUGUUUUGUUUUUGUUUAAUAUUGGGUUAAAUGCUAGAGCUCUUCAGAAUAAACUCAAUGCUGUGCAGUAAAGUAGGAUUUGGUUGAAAUACGGUUGAUAUGAACAGCUUUGCAGAGGGAGUUGGUUGUCAUUUGACAUUAUGGAAAUCUACCCAAAACUGAAUAAAAUACUGAACCCACUCAGGGAAUUUGACCUAAUGAUUGAUGGAAACUGUAUGACGAUGACAGCAUUAAAGUAAAUAUCAAGAAUUCAUGAACGCUUUAGAUUCUCUGUUGCCCCCAAAUCUGCAACUGUUGUGGUGAUGAGUAAAAUAAACAUUUCUGGGCCAUUUGAUACAUAAGUUGGCAAAUUUUGUGGGUUCUGAUUGGUUAGUCCCCUUGUCAUUUCAUACCUUUAGAGUUUUGAUCGUCUUCUACAUUAUUAUUAUUUUUUGGUUAUUUGGAGAGAUUUGGGUGCCAAAUGGCCUUUUUGAACCAGCUAAACCUUCAGCUUGUAUUCACUUUGACAAAAUAAAUUGUAAGAAACUCUCCAUUAUCUUCUCAAAGUCUACUGUAAGGAAACGUAGAGGAAUCACCCCAAGAAAUACCUACCAGCCAGAUGUGAGGUAUUUUUGCUUAUUUUAUUUUCAUCACUAUAGUUCAUAAAAGUGUCUAUAAAAAAAAAAAAAUUCUGACAACGCAAUGAUUUUAAUACUCGGGUACAGAAUGUUAGACGUGACAAAAUGGCAUCACCGGGGUAUGAAAUGAUAUGACUUGGCGAUGGGGCUAAUUGAUCGGAGUCUGGAUUUCGUGACUCCCUUCGAUGUUUUAUGGUCUGCAGGAGCUUUUUCCUCAUUCUAGAUUUAGAAAGAAAGACUAGUUUGGCUGUUGAGCUCAUGACUCGUCAUGUUGCAUUUAGGAACAGUCGUGAACAACUCUGAAAUUAGAAGGAAAAAGAAGAAGCUACAUGCUAGCAUGUUCUAGCUAAGGUGUUGCUAAUUCCAGAGCAGCUACAACAAAGACGGUUAGUUUAGCGUAAACUCAUGAAACUCGUUUUGACUUGCUUUGCUUCAAAGUGUAAAAACGUGCUGGUAAACACCACUUUAUUUAUUCUGAGCUACAACUGAACAUAGAGUGAUAGCAGAGGUCUAUUUUAACUGAAGAGACGCUGUGUGUGAUUGUUAGCCAUGUCUGCAGUCUACACUAGCAUCUCCCUAGCGCUAAUAUAAAGGGUUUCAGCCUUGAAGAAAACACUUGUGGCUCACCUGAAGCAAGUAUUAUGUCCUACAGUAUGUCGACAUGCAUAAUGUCGUAGGAUGGAUUCUCCCUUUAAUUUCUAGCUAAAAGUGAACCCUGAGACUUUCUUGCUCUCUACAUGUACAGAUAAAGAAAUAAUAACCAGCCUAUUUUUGUCAUUUACAAAUACCCUAGGUAUUUUUUCAACAACAAAAACUGUUAUUUACCCUUUUAGUGCUGCCAGGCAGACUUAUCUCCCACAGGAUAGAUGGUACGCACUGAUCUAGUUGGGGUUUUUUUUUUAGACAGUGUUAUAAAUGUUUCAGAGACCUUUUUCAUUUUAGCGCUGUUGUCGCACCAGAUUGGAGGAAACUCCCUUCACCUCCGGUUGUGCGUUGUUGUUUUAUGGAGCCUCCGGGUUCAGGUGGGAUAUGUUUUGUUUUGUUUUUUUUUUUUUGUUUUUUUUUUACCUCCGGGAGAGUGAAUUAGUUCUGUGGGGAAGAAAAGCUGAAACAUAUUUCAGUGUUUGGGUUGGAUCAUUAGGGAGAUCACUGCUGAACAAGACCAAUGUAUGUAAAUAACUAUAAAACACUAAAGUGAAAGAAGACUGUUGCAUGCUGACCCGGUUGAGGUCACUGAGGAGAUGUUGCUUUGGAAGCAUUUUAACCAACUGGUGGUGACGUAGUUAACUAGUAACCUGGCAUUUAAGCAACUCACCUGAGAUCAGUAGAGCUCAUUUCAUGGCAUGAAGCUCAUCUCAGUGGGUGAACUAUCAAGAACUUCGACUUAUGCAGAGAUGCAUGAACAGAAUUGGUUGCGGCCAAUCACGUGGCUCUGGAACCGUUUGGGGUCCCAAAAUGGAAGUGGGCUGUUAAGUGACGCCAUUUGAGACGUAACCAUGCAACGUUUUCUACAUGGGAACCUAUGAAUAUGAAUUCCAAUACAACUGUUUAAACCAUGAUGAUGGAUUUUUUUAAGGAGCAAUCCUUCUGAAACUUCAAUCACUGUAAACCCACUUGUGUCUCACCUAGAAAUGUCUUCGUAAGCUAGUGGAAGUGAACGUUGGGUCUUGGAGUCUGCCUUCAACAUUUAGGCCGUUUCGACAGAGAAUUGGGCAAAAAGUAGAAAUACAUCCGAUUGGAAGUAUGUACUUUACAGAUUAGCGGAGAGUCUAUGUCUGUGGCUAUAGGGUGUAGGAGUGCAUGUGAUUGUCACAUUGAGUGCUGUCCUGACUAUAGACCAGAACUGACUUAGUUUGGGAAGGUUUUGUUUGUUUAAUCGGAACACAGUGGAGUCGGACCAAAUGCUGAAAGGUCCUGCUUUGUUCUGACUUCACUUGAAACAUCAAAUUUGGUAUGUAUGUCAAGACAUUUAAAGAUACUUAUGAACCGCCAUUAGUCCCAUUGCGGUUCGUCUUGGGCUAAAACAAGGUCUAUCCAAAUUGUGUUUUUUAUUGUUAGCUCAGAUGUCAGACAGCAGUAAUUUAUAGAAGGUAACGUUGAAGACUACUAGGUGUUCACACUAUGGGCUAUUCAACUAUAGAUUGCCAGAAAGUGACGACUUGCAGAGCAUCUGUAGAUACUUAAACCAGGGUAAUUCAAAAAGCUGUUAAACCUUGUGUGCACUUUUUGGGCAUUUUAAUCUUUGUUUUCUCUUUUUGUACAUACUACCUGCAUUUAAGAUGUUUGGGUGGACAUGUCUGGUUAUAGUGCAAUAUAUUUUGUAUGCAAGCAGUUUCAAUAAAUAAAGUUUGAUCUUCCUCCGG